AUGGGUGGAGAGUCCAACAACCACGCCAUUGUCUUUGGCGCAUCCGGCCUGAUUGGCUGGGCCCUGGUUGAUCAGCUUCUGAGUCCCUACCCUCAUGCCGGCUCCUUCUCCAAGGUCACUGCGGCUACAAACCGGCCACUCAACCUUUCCGAGUCUCAUUGGCCCCCCGCGGACUCCCACCGACCAGACCUGCAGCUUGUCUCAGGCGUUGACCUCCGUCACGGCGAUGCGGCGGCUCUGGCCGAGUGCUUGAAGCGGGAAGUGAAAGACAUCGAAAGCGUCACGCAUAUUUACUACCUGGUCUUCACCGCAGUUGAAGACGACAUCGAAGAGGUCGCAACCAACUUGCGCAUGUUUCAAAAUGUCAUCGACGCCCACAACCUGCUCUGUCCCAAUCUGCGGUUUGUGACUUUUCCUGGAGGAACACGGGGAUAUGGCAUUUACAUGCCCGGAGGGACGUUCACGCCUCCCUUAACCGAGGACAUGGUAAACAACCUCCCGCCCAGCUACGCCAAAACUGUUGUCUACCCAGCGUACCGCGAACUUCUCAACGCAGCGUCAAAAGGGAAGAAAUGGACAUGGUGCGAAGUUUGUCCAGAUGCCAUUAUUGGAUUCACCCCCAAUGGCUCCCAGUUCAGCUUAGCCCUCCACUGGGCCCAAUACCUGUCCCUGUACGCCGUGAACCACGGCGUCGGACCAAAUCAAGCGUCCAAAGCAACGACCGUCGAAGUCCCCUUCCCUGGCAACCCUGCCAGUGCCAACGCACUGUUCACCCCAGUAUCGAGCAAGACCAUCGCGCGGUUCAUGAUAUACGCCUCACUACACCCCGAGACGUGCGGCGGCGGACGAUUGUUCAACAUUGCAGACAACGAGGCGCCAUGCACGCUUGGCGAGAUCUGGCCCCAGUUGGCCAAAUGGUUCGGCCUCGUGGGUCUAGGACCCGCCGAGAACAUGCAAGAUCAGGAUCGUGCUUUGAAUGUUAGCGAGCUCCCUCAGACUAACUUGUCUUCGACACCGGGAGAGUAUGUGGCCAAGCAUAGGGACACCUUUGCCAAGCACGGAGCUGUGAAUGCUGCCAGUGGAGGCGUUGGGGUUGGUAGCCGGCAACUGGACAGCGUUGGUUAUUGGUUGACAUUUGACCGGCAACUGUCUCUGAAGAAAUUGAGGGAGACUGGAUUCGAAGGAGACAAGGACCCGAUCCAGGGUUGGUUAGAGAGCUUUGAGAAGUUUAGGUCAGCCGGAUUGAUAAUCUAA